AUGAGUCCGUCUGACAUGACAAGCACCGGAGACGCUAGUAGCAGGAGAGCAAACAAGAGCCGCGAUCUGGACCCUUUGUAUGAUCCAGAUCAAGAUGACCAGGACCCGGAUGAAGACGAUCAGUUCUCCCUAAGGAUUCCCAAAGAUGGUCGGAGGAAACGAGCUCUCGACCCAACGUAUAUUCCCGGCAAGAAUGACACCGGUGAAGAUGAUGACGAUGAGCAGAUUCCAACGGGCUUACAGCGGAAGAAGAGAAGAACUUUGGACCCUGCCUUCGUUCCUGACAAAGACGACGGAGACCAGGACAUAUUUCUGGAUUCGUCAAAGAGGGGCAAGGGCAGGACUACAGACAAGCGAACCUCGAAAAGGAAAGCGACCUCUGAUAUUGGAGCAGGGAAUCUACCUACUCCUAGCAAAGAGACACCUCGACCUGCGAAAAUGAUGAAGACUGAACCGACAUCACCAAGAGUCCAAGUUCCUCCGGCUCUCACGGUUCCCCAGCCUGAUACCUCUGACGGAGAAACGGUCACCAAAAAUCCGUGGGAGCUUGUAAACGCCAGAACACAGCCAAACCACCCCUUAGUGGUGAAAGCGAUGAAAGUACUCAACAAGAUUGCCGAUGAUAGAAAUAGAGCCUUCUUCGCGCUCGUCAAAGCUCAUCAACGCUCGCGGAAAAGUUAUCCUGCCCGCGUGGCAGGUAAUACAAAUGACGAGGCUCAUACCCAGGGCAAUGUAGACUCCUCGAGGAAAAGGAACAAAACCUCAGACGCUGUUGCAAGGCAUUCGAACUAUGCUACGCAAGUAGAUGAUACUCGAUUGAUUCAGGAAGAUGAGGCAGACAAUUCUGCACCAGAUCUGUCCCUGGAAAGAGCGAAGCGCUGGGCAAACGCUGUCAAUGUGCCCAAGGGCCUUUGGAGCGAAGUGGAGAAACAACUUUUCUAUCGAAUCGCCAUGAGGGGUUUCGAACCUUUGCUUCCCAAGCAGUGGCAUUACGACUUCUCCACACUCCCGAAUCCUCUGUUCGCUGUUUCUGGUGAGAAACCGGCGCCGUUGAUCAAUGCAAUCGGAGGCUCGGAAUUCUACGGCUUUGUUAUCAGCGGCCCAGUGGUUGCCAUUUUAACCCGGAACACUGACCCUUCCGCCGCAAAUGGCCAACGGGGAACUGAAGACAGCCACUUCAUUUGCCAACUCGACCUCAGUGAACGGGGUCAAGAUGUGUGGAACUCACUUGCGGUGGCAAUAUCUGUCAUGCAUAUCCGCAACACCAUGAUGAAGCUUGCCGAGCAUGAUUUGGCAGGCUUGUGCAGAUUCAAUGCAGAUGCACAUGUGGUAGUGGACCAAGAUCUGUGA